AUGUGGCUCGCGCUAGAGACGGUCGGUGGAGUGAGCUUGUACUACACUGGUGGCAGCGCGACCAGACCCGGCCGCGUGGCCGACCGCGCGCUCGCUGGAGAGAUGACAUCGAGGAUGCAUCCGUUCAUGCCGGGGCGAGCUGCGUGCAAAUCUCCUGCCAUCGCGAGUUCAUCGUGCCCGGUCGAGCUGCCUGUCUGCGUUCUGCAGGCAUCCUUUCCGGCUGGGGCGAGCUCCGUGCCAGCCUCCUACCAUCGCGAGGACUUCGUGCCAGGUCGAGCUGCCAGCCUGCCUGCAUUCUGCAGGCAUCCGUUCAUGACGGGGCAACCUGCGUGCCAGUCUCCUGCCAUCGCGAGGUCAUCGUGCCUGGCAUCCAUUCCUCACGGGACGAGCUGCGUGCCAGACUCCUGCCAUCGCGAGGUCUUCAAGCCAGGUCGAGCUGCCAGCCUGCCGCCUGCAUUCUGCAGGCAUCCGUUCACACCGGGACGAGCAGCGUGCCAGUCUCCUGCCAUCGCGCAUCGCGAGGUCAUCGUGCCUGGUCGAGCUGCCAGCCUGCCUGCAUUCUGCAGGCAUCCAUUCCUGACGGGACGAGCUGCGUGCCAGACUCCUGCCAUCGCGCAUCGCGAGGUCUUCGUGCCAGGUCAAGCUGCCAGCCUGCCUGCAUUCUGCAGGCAUCCGUUCAUACCGGGACAAGCAGCGUGCCAGUCUCCUGCCACCGCGCAUCGCGAGGUCUUCGUGCCUGGUCGAGCUGCCAGCCUGCCGCCUGCAUUCUGCAGGCAUCCGUUCACACCGGGACGAGCAGCGUGCCAGUCUCCUGCCAUCGCGCAUCGCGAGGUCAUCGUGCCUAGUCGAGCUGCCAGCCUGCCUGCAUUCUGCAGGCAUCCAUUCCUGACGGGACGAGCUGCGUGCCAGACUCCUGCCAUCGCGCAUCGCGAGGUCUUCGUGCCAGGUCAAGCUGCCAGCCUGCCUGCAUUCUGCAGGCAUCCGUUCAUACCGGGACAAGCAGCGUGCCAUCUCCUGUCAUCGCGAGGUCUUCGUGCUUGGUCGAGCUGCCAGCCUGCCUGCAUUCUGCAGGCAUCCAUUCCUGACGGGACGAGCUGCGUGCCAGUCUCCUGCCAUCCCGCAUCGCAAGUUCUUCGUGCCUGGUUGAGUUGCCAGCCUGCCUGCGUUCUGCAGGCAUCCAUUCGUGCCUGGUCGAGCUGCUUGCCUGCAUUCUGCAGGCAUCCGUUCAAACCGGGGCGAGCUACGUGUCAGCCUCCUGCCAUCGCAAGGUCUCCACGCUUGGUUGAGCUGCCAGCCUGUCUGCGUUCUGCAGGCAUCCAUUCGUGCCGGGGCGAGCUACGUGCCAGUCUCCUGCCAUUGCGUAUCACAAGGUCUUCGGGCCUGGUCGAGCUGCCAGCCUGCCUGCAAUCUGCAGGCAUCCGUUCAAGCCGGGGCGAGCUACGUGCCAGUCUACUGCCAUCGCGAGGUCUUGGUGCCUGGUCGAGCUGCCUGCCUGCAUUCUGCAGGCAUUCGUUCAAGACGGACGAGCUGCGUGCCAAUCUCAUACCAUCGCAAGUGGGCCUUCAGUAUUUUAGGCCAAUACGGAACAAUAGAAUUGGUGAGAUGCUAAACGAUCUUUUACAGAUUUCAAGUACAAGAUGACCGGGACACCAAGAUUAUAAAAGUAUACAGCAUGAUCAAGUUGGUCAGAUGGCAACAAGUAAGCAACUAAAGGAUCUCUUACAGAUUUCAAGGACAGAUGACAGUGAUACCAAGAUUGAUAUAAAAGUGGACGGCAUGAUCAAGUUGGCGAGAGGACUACAAGUAAGCAACUAAAAGAUUUCUUACAGAUU